AUGCUAGUGCCGACCUUGCCGUUCCUCCAAUCGCCCACCGAUGGCGCUGUGUCCGUGUCUGUCGCGGCGGGCUGGAUUGGUCUGAUCUGGUACAUCGCCGUGUUGGCUGUGUGCGCGUUGGGCUAUUUCCAGAUGUAUGCACUAUACCCCGAUGGAGACACUUCUUGCGCCGGCCGCGCCCUUCGCAUCUGGUGUCCGAUCCCAACGCCCCCCCAUGUCACCGCGAUUCGUCCUGUUAAGGGUCUUGAGCCACAUCUUUACGACUGUCUCGCAGCGACAUUUCAACAGCAAUAUCCGCGCGACAAGUUAACCGUCUGCCUCUGCGUCGAGUCACGGAAGGACCCAGCCUACCCAACUCUCUGUAAACUGAUCACCGAUUUCCCAGAUGUCGACGCGGGAGUCUACGUUGAGGAGGAAGAUCCCCUCUUGCAGAGCAGCGAGCCUGGUUCGUACGCACUUGGACCGAAUCCCAAGGUCCGGAACAUGAGUCGGGCCUACCGUGAAGCAAAAGGUGAUAUCAUUUGGAUUAUCGAUUGCAAUGUCUGGGUUGGGAAGGGAGUCUGCGCCCGGAUGGUGGAUAAAUUAUGUGGAACUGGAGCCACCCCCGGCAAGAAAUACAAGUUUGUGCAUCACCUGCCUCUGGCCGUGGAUGUAACGGGGGAGAGCAAUGUUCCGGAGCAACGACAAGCGCUCUUGGAUGCCCGUCCCGAGGCCACGGAAGCUGAGAUCGCCUUAUCCUCUAGCCGGCCAGAAGACGGGCUGGCAAGCAUGCUUGCUACCGGAGGUGGUCGUCUGGAGGAACUAUUUCUCUCAUCCGCCCACGCGAAGAUGUACACCGCCAUAAACACUGUCCUCGUCGCACCGUGCAUUGUGGGUAAAUCGAACAUGUUCCGACGUUCCCACUUGGACUAUCUUACCUCGCCAUCGACUGCCCAGCCCGAUCCCCGCUAUCCUGGUAUCGAUUACUUCUCUGAAAAUAUCUGCGAAGACCACCUCAUCGGGGAUCUUUUAUGGCGCCGAAAGGUGCGUGAGGAAAAAGAGCUCGGUGAGCACUGGGGAAAACACGCCAUGGUCUUCGGAGACCUGGCAAUACAACCCGUCGCAAACAUGAGUGUCCGUGGAUACAUUGCGCGUCGAAUUCGAUGGCUUCGCGUUCGCAAAUUCACCGUCUUGCUCGCAACACUUGUCGAGCCUGGUACCGAGUCAUUUGUUUGCUCUAUGUACGGCGCUUGGGGCGUCACGACCGCAUUGGCACCGUACAUGGAGCGCAAAGGAAUAGAGCUUGGCUUGAACUUGUCCACUUGGUCCGCAUUCUUUGCACUUUUUACCUUGGGCAUGGCGUUCUGGAUUCUAGUCGAUUGGACCCUUUACGUUAAGUUACACUCUGCCAAAGCAAUCGAAUUGGAUGACAACACGCCUUGUUUUGCACGGCCCGUUCAAUGCCGCUCUCAAACGACCCGUCGCACUUUCCUGCAGUGGUUUGCCAGUUGGUUAGGCCGGGAAAUUCUCGCAUUGCCCAUCUGGCUCAUUGCUGUGUACGGCGGUGUGACUGUUGUCUGGCGGGAUCGGCGUUUCAAGGUUGGAUUUGAUGCUAAGGUUAGGGAGAUUGAUACCAAGACUGCCUCGCCACAAAAUGCGGACGGCAAGGUGAGAAAAGUCCGACGUGAUUGA